AAAAAAAAGAACACCCUCUAAACUCUCGUUUUCUAGAUAUCUUCGUUAUCAUUCGUUAUCCUUGACAGACCAGUUUGACACUUGUCAAUUUGAUACUCUAGUAAACAAUCUUAUAUCUCCAGAAUCGAAUCGCUCAUAGCAACCGAGAGAUUGCCAAACAACUACUCGACAAUACCAUUGUUCUUUUUUGCUAUCAACAAUACCAAAUAUUCACUCUCGUAAAAUAACAUCCAAAACAGAUAGAUUCAACACUCUCUAGAACGAAGAGCAUUGCCAAAUCUUGAAACUUGUUAAACACCUGCACACACACAACUUACCAACUUAUCCUGUAUUACACACAGCCAGCAGCACUUCACUUGUGUUAUUAAUCUUGCUUGUUAGAAAAAAAACAAUUAAUACCAUUUACCAACAACUCACGUGUAGUAUAAUAUAUUAUUGCCUUAGAGUAACUCCCCGCCAAGUCAGUUCAUCCUUGAUUUUCAAUCAUCAUCAUCAAGAACCACGAAUACAACAACAAUAAGAAGAUUACAUUGUUGUUUUAUCCAUCUCCCUAAUUACAAAAAGUAACUCACUUCACGAUCCAUCACCCAGAACUGGAAACAUACUUUCCAUACUGAUAUCAUAUCAAAGAGAAGACACUUAAUCCAAAAAAACAGCUCAGCCACUCAUCAAGAAUGAUAACUACUACAUCUAGUCAGCCAUCAAACAGUCGAUUGAUUGCUGCCAUCUCUCCUUUGGCCUCUAACAUCCCAACUCCAAAUAUGCAAUCAAAUCCAGAGAUAACACAAAUCCCAUUAUCUAUAUUAUCCAAACACUCAUUGAUGAUUAAUAGUGCUUUUGGUCAACAUGUAUCAACAUACAAUCUUGAAAAAAUGUCUGAAAGCAAACAAUCAUCAACUCCUCUCCUUGAACCAAAACUUGCUUCAAGUGACAUCCAUUCUAGUACGAACUGUUAUGAAUUGUUCAGAUUUUCUCUGAAUAGUACUAAACAUGCCACUAACCAAGCAUGUAAAGUCAGAUCAUCCACUAGUAAUAGCACAACUCUUACAACAUGCUACUCCACCUCUGCCUAUCAAAAUCAACAACCACAUUCCAUUCCUAAUGAUCUGAUACAUCUUGCAACAAUGACACCUGAAACAUUCAAAUCUAGUCAAUCCAAAUUGCCUAUCAUCAGAGUUCAAGAAGUACACUCUCCUAUUAGAACAAGUCAUUACUAUGCUCCAAAGUUCGAUCAUUCACCUCAUUUGAGUUCAUUCCACCCAGUUGAUUCCAUAUCUUCUCCUUCUCUCAUUUCUCGUUCAAAGAUUAUUGGUGUUGUCUCUACUUCUAGGUCAAGCUCUGUUACUGAUAUUCAUAGAAAGAGUCCAAGCUUUGCAUCUGAAUCCUCAUCAUGCAAAUCACCAACUAGAGAUGACACUCCAAAAGCCUCCUUGUCAAAAAUCCAAAAACCAAAACAUGCUACUCAAAAGAAGAGAUCAAGUUCUUCCUCCUCAACUGAUGAAGAAGAAGGGAAGAAAUUCAAUACUGGUACUUGGACAAGAUCUGAACAUGAGCAAUUCCUCAAAGGUCUUGAAGAAGUUGGUAAGAACUGGAAACUCAUUUCUGAAAACUAUGUCCAAACAAGAAAGAGAACUCAAAUCGCCAGCCACGCUCAAAAAUGGUUCUUGAAAUUGGCAGAGAUGAAGAAGGGAGGAUCUGAUUCAUCCAACCAUUCUUCAGAAGAAUUAUAUUUAUAAGUAUUCAUCAACACCAUCCUCAAUAUCAUCACCCACAACAUCAUAUACAACAACAUUUGAUUAGAAAACCCUAAUCAAAUUGUUAAUCCCACACCUCAAAUCAUUCUACCCCCAAACCAAUGUGCAUAAAAACAAACAAGAACAAUGUAAAUAAAAUAUCAAAGAUUUUACAUAC